AUGAACAUCAGACAGCAAAGCGUUGAGGGUUUCCAAAAUGAGUCUGAGAGCACGGUUCCCCAGGCUAUCCCACAGGCAACAACAAAUGAAAUGAAUGGUCUUUCUCCACCCAGCUUCAUGCCAAUGAAUGAGUAUGAAGAAAUAAUGGCACUGCUAACUGAUGACAACGAUAAUUAUCAACAAGAUCAGGCAUUGAAACACUCCAAGACUUUUCUAACAACAUCAGAAGAGGAGGACUCUUUGCAACUCCCUUUUCAACUAGAUCACUCGUUUACUUUAGAAGAGAUUCUUGGACAAGGCAAAACAUUGUCUUCUCAGACACAGGUGGGAGGAUCAUCAUCACAUGAGCUGAGGGAUUUUGUUGCACAAAGUGUAACAACAGACACAACUUCAACUAUUCAACUGAACUCAAAUUCGUUCGAGAGGAUGGACAUUACAAUUUCACCAGGGGUAGUAGUAUCUAUUGCAUCCAUUUCCAUAUUCGGUGAAAACUCUUCGAAUGGACCAGUUCAGCAACUAGGAAACAAUGUAUUCAACCCUAUUUUCAGCUCACAGAACUGUUCGAAUUCCAUUUUGUCCAUGCCUGAAAACACUCCAAAAUUUUGGCCUUCGGGAUCCAAUGCAUUGUAUCCUCCACAAGCUGGUGCUUUAUUUGGUGAUUCCACCUUCCCUAACACAACAGCGAACAUAUUCACUCAGUUUGUAUCUCCAAGCUUCCCAAUGCAUCCUUUUGGUUGUGCUAGUUUUGGUACUAGUGCAAGUGGUCUCGUUGGAAACUCUGUAAUUCAUUUUCAAUCACCAAGCUUUCCAGUGCAUCCUUAUGCUGGUCCUAGUGUUGGUAAUGGUGCUGAUGCCAAUAAUCUUGAUGGACACUCACUGAAUCAAUUUCAAUCACCAAGCUUACCAGGGCAUCCUUAUGUUGGUCCUAGAGCUUGUCCAAGUAAAAUUCCUUGUGUUGUUGGUACUGGAGCUGGUGGUGCCAAUAACCUUGACGGAAACUCACUCACUCGAUAUCAAUCAUCAAGCUUCCCAGUGCAUACUUAUGGUGGUAUUGCUUCUGCUAGUGUUAGUGCAAAUACUGAUGCUAGUGUUUUUUCUGGUGCUGCCAACGCUAAUGCUAAUGCUAGUCCCUAUGGUAGUCAUCAACAAUUUACUAGGGACCAUCGAUUCGAAAUGAGUAGGAUCAAUCCACUAGCUGCACCUUCUGCAAUGGGAGCAAACAUUUGGGCUUCCCCUGCGCCAAUGAUGCCUAAUCAAACUCAGUUUUUUCGUCGCCAACCACUUCUAACGGAUUUUAAAGACUUGGUGCAGGCAUGGGAGGUAAACUAA